UUUACAUUUCGACGCGAUCAAAUCGAUUUUUCUUUCUCAUAAGUUUCUAUUUGAUCGAUUCGUUGAAAACUAUGACGUUCAAUCAACUCUAGGAAAUUAUUAUUGUGAAUGAUUCAUGGAGAAAAUCUUUAAAUCAAUAAUGAAGUCAUUUGAAAGUUAUUAAAGAUUAAACAAAAGUUUCAGUAUGGAGUGUCCUGAAGCAAUGGAACGAGGCAGAAACUUUCGUUUGCUUGCCAAGGAAGAAUUACCUAAACUCUUGGAUUUCCUUGAUGGCUAUUUGCCCGAAUCCUUAAAGUUCCAUCAAACUUUGUUGACCUAUAUGAAUGACAGAGUAUGGGAUUUUAAUUUCUAUGUGGCUAAUGACUGGCCGGAUGAUGAGAUCUGUUUACAUUUUCCAGGCAUGACGUUAUCUCCUCAUGGUUUACUGUUCGAAAGUGUAGGCGUCUUCUGUCCCAACGAUCGACUGGAUCUGCUUAAAUUAUUAAGGGAGGAGGAUAUUUUGAUCGACUGGACGAAGCCUCUUUACAUCAAUUUCGUUCAUUACGAUAUCGCCGAGGAGUUGAUACACCUUUACGAGGGCACAGGGACGAUCGAGAGGGUGAUAGGGGAUGUUUUUAUGUGCAAGGAUCUUCAAAACAUAGAUAACGUCGAGGAACCGGAUGAAGAAGCCCAUCCCGACAUUCAAGUUCAACCCUUGAAAGCGGAACACGCUGAGAGUAUUUACGAAUUGUAUCCAGCGAACGAUAUGGAGUGUCACGAGGUUUUCCUCCGAUUGAUCAGGACGCUUCCCGCUGCUGGAGUGUUUGCUAAGGGUAGUUUGGCAGCUUGGAUGGUUCAGUCUUAUUACGGGGCCAUGUUUUCCAUGCAAACCAAGCCUGAAUAUCGAAGGAAGGGUUACGGGACGAAAUUAGCAAGGUACCUGACGAAGCAGGUCGCUGACAGAGGUUAUCAGCCUUUCGUGGUCAUACGUCCAGAAAACGAAGCCAGCCAAAGUCUGUACAAGAAACUAAGCUUUAGGAAAAUCUAUCAAACUGUUCGAAUGACGUUCAUGCCUUUCACGUGGCAAGAUGAGGAGAAUAAAACGACUCGCAUUUUGAGGGAAAAUUUGGAGAACGCUGUCAGACAGCUCACUAUCGAGCAACAAGUAGUGGAUGCUUUCAGAAACGAUGAAAUUGAAGAGAAUGAAGCAGGGAAUUCGGAAUUUGUGGUAGAGGAAUCUGAGGAAAGAGAUGAGAAUCCUCCAGAGGGGGGAAGUAUCGAAGCGACGGAAGUAUCGACCGAAGAAAACGUGAAAAAUACGAUCAAUGAUACUGAAAAUGUCGAGGAUAAUGAGGGAACUGAUGAUAACGCUGAAGAAGCGGUAAAUGAUGGUGAUAAUCAAGACGAUGGGGGAACAGACGGUGGGGACGCGGAAUAAUUAAGUACACGUUCGAUUAUUCGAUAAAAGGUCCAUGAUUUACGUCGUGUUGCUCGCUCGAGGGUAUACUCUCCUCUUUCCAAGGCUGAUGGAAGAAAGAAAUCGAUCAACUAUUAGAAAAUUCACCAUACAUGUUAUGAUUUUAAAUGCAUUUUUAAAUGAACUACAACUCUCGUUUUAAAACAAUUUCUUAAAGUCUUUGUAAACAAUUUUGAAAUGAAAUCUGUAACAAUUGAAAGUAUUAGAUGUGAUAGGCAUGAUUAUAAAAUCGACCGAUUACAUGCAUCGAUGUACCUUGGCUACAUUGGCUACCUUGGCUAAAAUGGCUACCUUUCGUUGGAAAGAACUCUCGAGCAGCAUGAAUGAUACAAGAAAAUAAAAGAAAAAUUAUUUUAAGAAUCUUAAUAACUUUACAGCACCCGCGUUCGUGCGAGGCUUCAAUUCGCGUACGAAGAAAUAUGUAUCUACGUACGGAUUCCUCAUAUCAGACUGCUCGAAGUAUGUCAUGAAGGUCUCAGGAAACAGGUAGACGUAUCCUUUGAAUUGUCAAGGUUAGAUUAUUUCAAAGUCUAUCUAUACCGCGUCAAAUAUCUUUUUAUUGUAAUUAGUGGAUUUGUUAUUUCAAAUGUUUAAUAUUAAAUUUAUAAUAAUUGUACAUCUACGUGAAGUAUAUUUGAAAGUUAAUUUCAAAUUAAUUUCUCAUUUGGUCGUACUUUCGGACUAAUCAUUGUAAUAAUAUUUGUAUCUUUGAUAAAAUGAUAUAUAUGUAUUCUUAUUAAGUAGUAAGUAUUUGAUUGUUAUUUAUUGAAAAAAAUUAACAAGAAUAUGAAUAUAAAAUUCAAUGUAUUCAGUUUUUUCUAGAAAAAAGAAAACUGAAAGUGAUCAAUGAAAUUUGUUAAUCUAUUAGCGAUUAAAUUAUGAUAGACUUUGAAUUACGAUUUCUCCAUAUUUAAAAUAAUUAAUUCUAUUUUAAAAAAGGAACAAUCAGCGUGAAUGAGUCGUCGUGAAACGUACGACAGUUGAGAAAUUUACGCGCUGAAUCAAUCUGUGAUUAUAAUUUCCCUAUAUAAAGUAGCAUUUCGAAUAAAAAUUCAGAAGCCUCGUGCGACCUCGACACGCUUUCCUUAAUACAAGUAGAAGCCAAUUACUGUGCCGGUGCGCUCAACCAUAGUAAAUUUCAGACACAUUGAAUUAUGGGAUAACAACUUUAACUCGACAAGAUUGGAAUAGGGUAUUGAAUGAAAUUUUAUUCUAAAAUUUACCUACAAUUUUAACAAAUUAUACGUGCGAUUGUGAUCCCAUUUCAGAGAAAUAUUUAAUUAAAAUCUUACCUAUCUAGCUUAAGCCAUUUUCAAGAAAUUACUUCAUUAUUUUUUUAUUGAAAAAGAAAUAGUUUUUAUUAAUAUAAAAAAGUUUUUGAAGAAUGUAGUGCACAGACACAAUAAUCGGUCUAGCGUGCGAGCCAACGAUAAUAACAAUAAAUAAUAUUAAUAAUAAUAGCGAUCAUACAAUUAAUAUUACUAUUAGUUACAGAAUAUACAUGUAUAAUAUGAAUAUACGCGCAAAGGGAAGCCCGAUCAGCCCGGUUCGGUUAUUGAGAAAUUCUUUUUAAAAUAUAGUUGAUAGUUACUAUUUGUAUCAUUUUUUCUAUAUUUCACAGAUGAUGCAUUUUCAAUGAUAUUCUACACGACAAACGUGUGAAAGAACAGAUUUAAAAAGUCGUAGCUGGGACGACCGGGCAGUUCCUCGAAGGCCCUCAAUGUCCCUCCUUUAUUUUGGAUUUUCGACGUUGCUGGGGGCCAGCUGUGAUAUUUUCCCCACUUACGCUCUGGUCAUAGUACCAAUAUUUAGAUUUAGACGAAACUUGAUUGUUGUUAAUGGGACAUGCUAUAGCUCAAUUCUAUUAAUAUUUUGUCAUGGAUGUGCUUAAAAUAGCGAAUAAAUUUGUUAUUUCGCAUUGUUUCAGUUAUUGACUCUUGGAGGACCAACAAAACUAGCAUUGACAGGAAUGGAGUAAAAUAUAAAAUUUGAAAUUAUAAUAAUGUUAAAUUCGGUAAUGUUAAAAACAUUACUAUAACAUAUAAGUUAUAUAGCAUCAGUCCUCUAAGUGUAAAAUGUUAUACAAUAAAAUGUCACGUACGUUAUUGUAAAAUGAUACAAUAAAAUUUAAUGUAUAAUUUAUAUUCUAAUAUUCCAGUUUAAAUAAUUACAAUAAAAAAACUUGAUAAAGAAUUUAGAAAUAAUUCAAACGUACGUGACUAUAUAUAUGUUCAAUGUCUAAAAACAAAUCUACAUACUUCCCUGCAUUG